UUUUUACUCGAAUAAAUAAAGACUAAUAAUAACAUUUAAGAUGACGUACCAUGUUACCGAUAACAUAUAUCAUAUCCUCAGUAAAGACGGAAAUUAUCUUAAUAAAUAAAUAUUAAAUGUUUUCAUUAUUCACUGAGACUGCUAGUUCGUUAUAAAAGCCGAAUAGGAGGAGUGAGGAAGCACAAGCACACCUGCUAUUGUGUAAUCUAUUUCUCACUUUGCUCCUUAUUUUUGUCAUUCGCAUUCUGUUUCUUUAUUGUAUUCUCAACUUAUAACUUUCAGUCUCCAUUAACUAUGGCUGAUGCACUACUGUCACUAGCUGCUGAUCCCUUGAACCUGUUGGGUUCAAUCGCUGUUCAGCAGGCUCAACAACAGAUAAACUUGAUUGUUGGCGUUGAUGAAGAAAUCCAAAAGUUUUCUGACUGUUUCAGAAAUGUCCAGGCGAUGCUCAAUGAUGCUGAGAAGAGACAAAGCACGGACGCAGCUGUGAAGCUUUGGUUAGAUCAGCUCAGAGACGUGUACUACAUGAUGGAUGACGUGUUGGACAAGUGGGACACUGCAAGGAUCAAAUCAGAAAUUCAAAAAGAAGAAGAAAGAGCUGUUACUAAUAGCAAUCCUGCUGCCCUGAAGAAGAAGGUACCAUGCUCAUUCUUCCCCUCUCUGUCAUGUUGUUUUGGUCAAGUAGAUAACCUUUCUCUGCGUCAUGAGAUUGGUCACAUGAUAGAAAACCUGAAACAAACAUUAGAUGACAUUCUCAAAGACAAAGUGACCUAUGGGUUCAACUUGACUAGGCAUUCACAUGUAGAAGUUGAGCGACCAACAACCACGUCCUUUGUGGAUGUGUCCGAUAUAAUUGGUCGUGAUAACUAUAGGGAUGAGCUGUUGAGCAACCUGUUAGGUGUGGGUGGUCAGGAAGAAAGAAAUCCUCGUGUCAUCUCCUUAGUGGGCAUGGGCGGUAUAGGAAAAUCCACUCUUGCCCAACUAGCCUACAAUCAUUCUGAGAUACAAGUCCAUUUUAAAUUAAAAAUAUGGAUUUGUGUCUCUGAUCCAUUUGAUCAGUGCAAGGUUGCCAAAGCAAUCAUUGAAUAUAUUGAGGGUCAAUCCCCCAACAUUACUGAAUUGCAAAGUCUAUUACCUCACAUUUGUGAUUUGAUUGGAAAAAGGAAGUUUUUUCUUGUUUUGGAUGUUGUGUGGACGGAAGAGUUCAUAAAGUGGGAGCCAUUCAAAAAUGCUCUCAAAUGUGGUGCUCAAGGUAGUAGAAUUCUAGUCACCACACAAAAAAUCAAUGUUGCGGAAAUGAUGGAGAGUUCCCACAUGAUCAAUUUGGAGAUAUUGUCAUCCGAUGACUAUUGGUUGAUGUUUAGUAAAAUAGCAUUUUCUAACAAAGAUCUACAUCAAUGUAGGGAUCUAGAAGAGUUAGCCCGAAAACUAGUAAAUAAGUGCAAAGGCUUGCCACUAGCUACGAAGACUCUCGGUAGGCACAUGCAUGGCAAGAGAAGUAAAGAAGAGUGGGAGAGGGUUUUGUACAAUAAUUUGUGGGAAGUAGAAGAUAUUGAAAAAGUUCUUUUGGGACCAUUGUUGUUGAGUUAUAAUGAGUUGUCCUUGUCAGAGAAACAAUGUUUCUUAUAUUGUGUUGUCUUCAAGAAAGAUCAUCAAUUCGAUAGACUUGAGUUAAUCAUCCAUUGGAUGGCACAAGGAUAUAUCAACUUAAAAGGAAAUAUGGAGAUGGAAGAUAUAGCAGAAGAGUACUUUCAAAAAUUAGCAAUGUGUUCUUUUUUCCAAGAUUUUAAGAAAGAUGAGAAUGAUGGUAGAAUAAAAAGUUGCAAAAUGCAUGAUAUUGUGCAUGACUUUGCACAGUCAAUGACAAAAGAAGUAUGCUUCACAAUCGAAGGUAAUGAAGAGGUUAAGAGAAACUUUAAAAGGGCUCGACAGUUGUCAUUAAUAGUUGAAGAAACAUUUCUUGAGUCUAUCUAUGAAGCGAAAAAUCUACGCACUCUCUUUCUUCUUUCUCAUGAAAGGGACUAUGAGUUUAACAUGCACCUAUCCAACUCAUGCCAUCAUUUUAGAUGUUUACGAACAUUAAUUUUGGAUUGCCCAUUUACAAAACUUCCGGAUGCGGUGAAAAAUUUGAUACAUUUAAGGUGUCUCCAUAUGUGUUGGAAUGUUAAAAUAGAAGAAUUGCCUGAAACCUUAUGUAAUCUUUGUAAUUUGCAAGCUUUGAAUAUUGAUAAUGGUGAAUAUUUCAAGAAAUUACCACAAGGGAUUGGUAAACUAAUUAAUUUAAGACAACUUAGAUUUCAUACAAAUCAUAGCUGGUACAAACUAAAAUUUCCAAAUGGGAUUGGGAAAUUGACUUGUCUUAAAACAUUAAGUGUUUUCAACAUAGGUGGUAAGGAUGAUAAAGAAGGAUGUAAACUUGGAGAAUUAAAAAAUUUGAACCAACUUCGAGGGAGCUUUAAAUUUCCAAAUGGUAGAUGUAGGGGAGGCCCAGAAUGCACAGUUGAAGAAGAAGAUACAUCUCCACGAUUUGGAACUAGAUUUUUACGUUGAAGAUCAAUUCCAAGAGAAAGGGGAAGAGAGUAGAAGAAGAAUGGAGAGUGAUUUAGCAGUUUUGAAUGCCUUAGAACCACCUUCACACUUGGAAAAAUUAUCAAUUAAGAGCUUCAUUGGCACCACAGUGUAUACUAAUUGGAUGACGUCCUUGACCAAUUUGAAAAGUCUUCAUAUCGAUGGGUGCUGGCAGCUAGAGUGUUUGCCACCUUUGGGGAAGUUGCAGGAAUUAAACAUUCGUGGCUGUUCAAUUCUCGAGCAACGUUGUGAAAGAGAGAUAGGAGAUUACUGGCCCAUUAUUUCUCACAUCCCAACAAUCAACAUAUCGUAAAGUAACGAUCAACCCCAGUUUGGUUCAAACAAUCUAUCAGAGUAUGAGGAGGAUGGGGCUGAGGAUGAGGUGGAUGAACAAGUGGAAGUAGACAUUGAUGAGGGGGAUUCGUGAAGAGGACUAAUACAUAUUAUGAGAUUGGGUUGUAAGAGCAAGCAAGGGGUCAUGAAUUUUAGCUACAAGUAUAGUUUUUUUGAAUGAUGAUACUGAUAGAGAAGAGGAAUAUAAAGCCUCUUUUUUAAAGCUUGGGGUGAUCUUAAAUCUCCCUUUUGCAACAUUAUAUUUACUCUUACGUUAGAGCCAAAAGGGUCAAUUCCUCCCCAGCCUCACAGUGUAGUGACAUCAAUUUAAAUGGUGAAAGAGCUUGAUGUAAAGAUGAUUUUGACAUCAUAACGACCACAUCCAGUACCUGCAAUACUGUUCAUGUUGCAGUUGAAAAUCAUUGUCUGACACAAAUUUGAAAUUGGAUGUCAAAUGAAUGGAUGAUCCAAAUGGUGUUGACUAAAGAGGCCUUUGAGCUCACAUGAGGAGGAUAUGGAACUUUUGUUCUUGAAAUACAUUUUCUUUGACAACAAAGGUAGUGAAUUACAUCCAUAAACAAGCUAAUAUCAUUCUUGGUGCAUCAUGAGGGGUCCAUAGUAAUUUUUUACAACAUUCAGGAUUGGAGCAUUAAUCAGAUCAACUUGUCUAUUCAUUCGUAAAUCUAGAUCUAAUUGUACACUAUUGUGUCUUCUUUUGCCCAUAUCUGGAAUUGAAAAUUAUUACCAUCUCAUGUUCACUCAGGUCUG